AUCUUCCACUUCGAACCACUAACACAAAACCCAUCACUGAAAGAAAACCCAGGAAGAAGAGGUGUAAGCAAACCCCCUUUCCGACCACUCCGGACAUGCCGGCGGCGAUGAGAGAUCGAAUUGGGGAGAUGGGGGCGUACCAAAUCCAACUGGCAAUUCAAAAACAACUGCAAGAUACUGAUAUGAAUAAGAAUCAUGGGCGACUAUCUUUCCCUGCAAAGAAACUGAAAGUGGAUUUUGCAACGGAAGAGGAGAGGAGGGUACUAAAGCAACAAGAAAACGGGGGGAAAAAAGGGAUGAAUGUAAUGAUAGUGGAUCCUCUUCUCCGAGAGAGCAGCAUUUGCUUGAAGUUGUGGAAGAUUGGGAGCGGGGAUUCCUACUGUUUAAUGACACAAUGGAAUUGGUUAGUGGAACAGAAUGGGUUCAAAAGCGGAGAUCACGUCCAGCUUUGGAGCUUCAGAAAAGAUGAAUUUGAGGCUGAAACUCAAACCAUGGUUUCUCGUCUCUGUUUCGCCAUGGUUAAGCUUGAUGCCACCACUGCUUCUGCUUGAAGCUCUCAUCUUGGAUGCUGAUAGGAGUGGAGCUGCUUCUUAAUUUCAUGUGACCAACCAAGACCGACCAAGAUUACCAUUUUUUUUUUUUUUUUUUUUUUAAUAAGGUACGUAUAAUAAUAGUAUCAUGUUUUUUGGUGACAACAACUAUUGUAUUGUACUCGUUGUCGGGCUCUGUUAUAUUUUGUAAAAUUAAUGAGAUUUUUUGCCUUUUCGAAAUAAAUGUUCAUGCUCGUGUUUCCGCAUCUCAACAAUAAUAAUAACAAUAGAACAACGCCAAUAUAGCUACACAUCUUCUCUUUUAACUACUACAAAUUAAUACCAACCAUAUAA